AUGGGCUGCGGCGACUCCAAGCUUGAACUAAACCCGGGAGAUAUCUCUGGCACUGAAGGGCCACGCCUGGCUGCUGAUGUUCCUCGGCCACGAGUACCCAACGACAAAGUCAACUCGGCGAACACACCUGCUGGAUUUCAAUACAACACUCCCCGCGGCAAUCUCCAAAUGGAGCGCGUCAACCAAAUGGUUGGCCAAGCUCCCGAUGCACCCGCCAACCGCCUACGAGAAGGCAGGUUCCCCAAACACUACCGCAACCAGGAAGGCCCACGCGACAACCGCCGUCACAACUUCAGUGGCUUUGAGUCCGGCCGCCCCGGGCAGGACCCGCGCGACCCGCGUGAUGGCAGGCUGUACGAGUACCCCGUCAAGACCAUGGGGCAGCCGCAGCCCCUGAAGAACACCUUCAACUUCGCCGAGCCGCCGGCCACACUGCAGGAGACCAUGCAAGCCACGCAGGCCAACCACGAGCACUUAGGUGAUCUGGACUAUGAGCCGCCGAACGAUCCGGGGGCGCUCCGGGCGGUCACCAAUAAGGAUGGGCAGGUCAUGGGCGUGAUUUAUCAUCCGGCCGGGAAUCCGAGAGGUUAUGAGCGCGCGAGGAUUGAGCCAUUGGACGCCCAAGGUCGGGCGGAACAGGCACGGUAUAGAGAACAGAAGCUGGCAUCAUCGUCGACUUGGCCGCGGCGAGGGCCGGAGCCGUCAGUUCCGGAGUAA